AUGCAAUCAGCGGAUACGCAUGCGCCAGAGUUAGUGACGCUCCGAUCCCGCGUGGGAACCUCGUUGAGCGUGGAAGUUCGAUGGGGCAUUCAACAGCAUGACAUUGAGGGAAUAAAGGCGCUACAUGGAGCUGCUUUCCCAGUCAAGUACGAGGCCGCAUAUUACCAGUGGCUAUUGACGGACGCAUGCGUGGCGGUCGUCGCCUACACGACAGCCGACGACAUUGAAUCCCUCCUGUCUGGCGGUGAAUAUGAUGAUGGGGUGGAUAUGCCAGCGCGUGUUCAGGACAACGACGACGAUGUCGAUGGUAGUGGUGGUGGUGGUGGUAGUGGCGGUGAUGUGGGAAGUUAUAACUCUCUUGCGACGUAUACUGUUCCGGUUGGGUUUUGCAUUGGCCAACUGGCACACGUGCGGCGGCAUGACGGCAAGCUUGUGGCGUCACCAACCGGAUACUUGGGCUCCUUUGCUGUGGAUGAGGCUUUGCGUCGCUGCGGCAUUGGGGAACUACUUCUUCAGCGUUUCCUUUCCCACAUGCACUUUAAAAUUUGGGUAUCACCGCUUGCCUAUCUUGACUACUGCCCGCCAAAGCAGGAUGCCGUUUCUACGCCCUGGUGGGAUUCCAUGCUAUCAGUUGCCUGUGGGCGUUUGUGUGGCUGGCAGCAUGUGGAGGAGAAUGCGAAAGACAAACGAAAACAAAGUCGAGUUCUGAGUGAAGCAAACUGUAGCUCUGAUGAUGCCGCUUCCCCCACACAGAAUGAGAGAGACCGGUUUGGCGUCGCAGGGGUAUGGCUACAUUGUCUCUCAGAGAAUACCAGGCUGGUUCUUUAUUAUUUAAAGCGUGGUUUCACUUGUGCGCAGUUGAUGCCAGAGUUCUACUACUAUGAAGGGCUCUAUCACGACGCAGUUCUUCUUGUACACCACCGAGACGAUGCUCGUAGUUCCUUUUUGGUGGAUGCGGCUUUAUCUACUAGUUCAGAAGAAGGGGUCGGUGACUGCAGUUUAACCGCUGAAUGCUCGCUGCCAAGGCCAACGUUCAGCCCAUGCAGUGACACCAGGCUGAACGAGGACAAUAUUGAGUUGAAACGGGCUGAUUGGUGGACAAAGAGUAGUGUGGACGUCUCGGACGUAGAGACCAGCACCGAGUACACCAGGUUGCGCGCCGAAUGGCGCUCAUACAAAAAUGAGAAAGUUAUCCGUCCUAAUGCUGGAAUUGGCUGGGCACAGAGUUUUCUGUUUGGAGUAAAUGCAGCGGUGGCGUUGAUGGGUGUUGUGUGGCUCGUUACAGUUGGGCUGUGA